AUGGGAGGUCUGGGCCAAGAGAGUGCCGGGAUUGUUACCUCCGACGGCAGCGAAGCUGAGCUUAAGCUCCACAAGGGUCAUGGUCUUGUCAGCUCAAUUUUCUCCGAGGACCUGCUCUACAAGCUUCAAGGAAACUUGGGCAUUGGUCACACCAGGUAUUCCACUGUUGGAGGUCAUCAAGACAACAGCAAUGUGCAGCCAUUUGUUGUUCACACUCAAGAGGGUCCAGUUGCUGUGGCUCACAAUGGAGAAUUGGUCAAUGCAAAAUCCUUGAGAAAACUGGUUUAUUCAAAAGGAGUUGGUCUGGCAAGAAACUUGGGCAUUGGUCACACCAGAUAUUCCACUGUUGGCGGUCAUCAAGACAACAGCAAUGUGCAGCCAUUUGUUGUUCACACUCAAGAGGGUCCAGUUGCUGUGGCUCAUAAUGGAGAAUUGGUCAAUGCAAAAUCCUUGAGAAAACUGGUUUAUUCAAAAGGAGUUGGUCUGGCAAGUUUGUCAGAUAGUGAACUGAUCACCCAGUUGAUCUGUCUGCAACCAGAAUCUUCAGAGAACAACUGGCCAGACAGGAUCAAAACACUGAUGCACAUGUCACCAAUUUCAUACUCUUUGGUCAUCAUGCACAAUGACGCCAUCUAUGCUGUGAGAGAUCCUUAUGGAAACAGACCUCUGAGCAUUGGAAGGAUAUUGAAGAAUGGCUCAGUUUCAAGGAGUUCAUCCUUCUUGUUCAAAAUGCAUGAAAAUCCUGACUCUGCACCUGCAACCAAUGGAAAUGCCACACCAUUGAGCCCAGAUACAGAGGAAACUGAAGCUUGGGUAGUGGCAUCAGAAUCUUGUGCCUUCAGGGCUGUUGGGGCAGAGUUUGUGAGGGAAGUGGCCCCAGGUGAAAUGGUAGAAGUGUCCAAGUAUGGUCUGAAGUCAACCUUCCCUCUGGGUGAUGCAACACCAAAUCCCAGCUCCUUGUGCAUCUUUGAAUAUGUCUAUUUCUCAAGGCCUGAUUCAUGGAUGGAAGGGCAACAAAUUUGGGGUGUUAGAAGAAGGUGUGGGAUUCAACUUGCAAAGGAAUCGCCAUGCAAGGUGGACCUGGUGUCCACAGUUCCUGAGUCUGCUACACCGGCUGCCAUGGGGUUUGCAGAAGCCUGUGGUAUACCAUUCACUGAAGUGUUUUGCAAAAAUAGGCAAGUUCACAUCAGAAUAGCCUCACCUCCCAUCAAGUUUCCAUGCAGAAUGGGGAUCCACAUUCCAACCAAAUCUGAAUUGAUUGCCAAUAACAAGGAAGCUGAUAAAUUGGCUGAAGAAAUUGGUGCUGCAAGUUUGAAAUAUCUCACAGUGGAAGGGCUGGUUCAAGCAGUGUCCUCACAUGCAAAGCCUCAAGGAGCGACACCUACGCCUUUUGCAGUGGCCUCAAAACUGAAAUCCAUCUCUGAAAAUGGUGCCAUUCCCAAGUGUCUCAAUGGUGCCAGUAAUGGUUCAGGGGAGAAUGGCAACAAUAAAUGCUGCAGCACAGGCCUUUCAAGGCAAGAUUCUGGUGAUCCUCAGACUGCUGGGUAUUGCACUGCCUGCUUGACUGGAAAAUAUCCUGUGGCUCUGGAAUGGUGA